AUGCAGCGCGGUGGAGGGGGGUCGGCGGGCGGCGGCGGCGCCGCGGCGGCGCCCGCGCCCGCGCUGGUGGCAGUGCCUCUGGAAGUGCCGGCGCGCGAGGACCACGCUCCACGCGCCUCCACGUUCGCCUCCGAGGAGCAGCUCGCGCCGCCAUCCCCCUCGCAACACAAAGACAACAUUCUUCCAAAUAUUUCCAAGAAAAUGAUCUUGCUUAUCAUGGCGGUGGCGCUGGCACUGGCGCUGACGGUGGCGCUGUGGCUGGCGCCGGAGCCGGCGGGCGGCGGGCGGGUUUUGGCCCUCUUCCAGCUCAACCACCACAGCCACUUCGCCAUGUUCGAGACGCUGAUGAAGGCGCUGGCCGCAAAGGGCCACCAGGUAGACGUGCUGAGCCACUUCCCGCAGAAGACGCCGCUGCCCAACUACCGGGACCUGAGCGUGAAGGGCGCCCUGCCCGACCCGCACAACACUGUGUCCGUGCAGAACGCGCUCUCCUACUCCAACUCGCUCGCCAGCCUCAACUUCUUCUGGGUGCAAAACCUGGAGAUGUGCGAAGAGGUGGGGAGCUACGUAGUGGGCGACCGCUCGACGGAGCAGCUGCUGCGCCGCCACUUCGGGCCGACUCUGCCGUCGCUGGCCGAGCUGCAGCGCAACGUCAGCCUGGUGCUGGUCAACAGCCACUUCAGCCUCAACCAGGCGCGCCCCUCCGUGCCCGCGCUCGUCGAGGUGGCCGGCAUGCACAUCGCCGAGCCACGCCCCCUCCCCGAGGACCUGCUUCGGUUCGUGGAGGGAGCGAAGGAGGGCGUGGUGUACAUGAGCUUCGGGUCGCUGGUGCGCUCGGAGACGCUGCCCGAGACCCGGCUGCGCUUCGUGGCCGAGGAGCUGGAGGCGCUUCCGCAGCGCGUCGUGUGGAAGCUGAACGCCACCGACCUGCCCUUCGCGCUGCCGCCCAACGUGUACGCGCGGCCCUGGCUGCCCCAGGCAGACAUUCUUGCUCACCCGAACGUGCGCCUGUUCAUCACGCACGGGGGCCUGAUGGGCACGCAGGAGGCCGUGCACUGGGGCGUGCCCAUGGUGGUGGUGCCCUUCUUCGGCGACCAGCAUCUCAACGCGCGCAACUACGUGCAGCGCGGCCUGGCCGUGCGCCUGGACAGCGCAGCCUUCACGCGGGAACAGCUUCGCGACGCGCUCCGCACGGUGCUCGGCGACUCCAGCUAUCGGGAGAACGCAAGGCGGCUGAGCGAGCAGUUCCGCGACCGGCCGCAGGCGCCGCUGGAGACGGCGGUGUGG